AUGACUUCAAAAACUAGUAAAAUUAUUAAAGGCACAAAGACCGACACUGCUACGCCGUCGGCGACUAUAUCUGCAGCGACAACGCGCGCUAGUUCUGUCGACCCUCCGCGACAACUCUCAGAAAGCCUAACGAAGGUUAAAAGGCGGAAUUGCCAAAGUAAUAAAAAAGACGGAGUGGUUCACAAAAAAACCAACGAUGAAGACGAUUUGGCGAAAAAGCGCGCAUACCGGGCUAUAGAAAGACGUGCCCGAGAAAAGGAACUUGAGGAAGAGUAUCUAUCGUUAAUCGAGAAGACACAUCCAGCAUAUGUGGAAAACAUAGGGAGACUCGACGAAGAACAUCAAAAAAUGCAACAACUUCUCGAAAAUAACCGUUUACUGGAGAUUCAACAAAGCCAAAAUUUGUAUGAAUCGCAAGUUUCGCAAAUACGUCACGUAGCUUUGCCAAGUGAAACAAAAUUAAGUAAAGAUGAAAUUGAAGACGAUUUUGUUGCAAUGCAGUUGUAUACUCGAACGAAGCCGUUAUCAGUUCCAUCACCACAACCUAAUAAUAUUACGGCAGCCGACUUUAGAGCAUUCUACAAACCGGAUUAA